CCUGAGAACUAAACCAGAAGACAAACAAUCACCACUUUCUCUCUCUUGGUGAUUUAGUUUGGAUGUAGAUUGAGAUGCAGAGGGAACCCAGUUCUGCAGCAAUCCUCCCUGACAAAACCAAACCAGGGAAAUUAAGUAAAUCCAAAAAGGAUGAAACAACAAAUGAAGAGAGAUUUUAUUCACCAGAUAUUCCAGAGCCCAGAAGCAGAGCUGAGCUGAUGAAAUAUUGGAUUAAUCUGACUUUGGAUAAUAAAACAGCCAAUAAGCUGUUGUGGAUUUCUGACGGCGGGUCGAAGGUUUGCCGCAGAACCAAAGAGGUUUGUCCUGUGCUGGACGGACCGGAGAGAUUCGAAUAUUCUCCCCAGGUGUUGUGCAAGGAGAGCAUUUGGAAGCGCAGGGCUUACUGGGAGGUUGAGUUUUCUGGCUGGGUGGCGGUCGGCGCUUCGUACGACCAAGCAGCGAGGAGAGCGUAUUCUGGGAUGAGCGGCCUGGGGGAAAACGAGCAGUCCUGGGGUUUGUGCUGGUCGGGCAGCUGUUACCAGAUCUGGUUCGACUGCGACCACGAAGACAUCAGCGACGUCCCGUUCUGCUCCAGGAUCGGCAUGUAUGUCGACCAGCCGGCCGGGAUCAUAAACUUCUACGCUGUAGCCGGCGACGGCGCGGAGCGGGAGGUCAGGCUGCUGCACCGAGUCACGACCACCAUGGAGAAAAAGAUUCUUCCAGGGUUCUGGCUGGGAAUUCAGUCUUCAUGCACCUUACUGCAGAAAACAGAAUGAGUCCAGGAAACUAACGCUGUUUAUAGAGACUGUUAAGUUUAAACUCUGAAGAAGUAUGAAUGUUGGUGUAUUUUAUUGGGAUUUAUGAGCUACACUAACACAAAGUAUUAAAUAAAGCGCAAAGUGGAAGAAAAUGGAUGAUAAUAAACUUCAUUUAAAAAG